UUUCGGACACAAUUUGAAUAUUUGAAAGAUCAAACAUGGAAACAAAGCCUGCCUUCAGUGCAGCUGUUCUUGAAGUUCUUAAGCAAGACAACUACUUGGAUUGGAGUGUUCGAGUGAAGACAUAUUUGAUGGCUCAAGAUCUUUGGGACGUUGUCGAAUCAAGGAGCGAACCUCCUGCACAAGAAAAUGCAACUGCUUUUAAGGCCUGGAGCAAGACGAAUGCCAUGGCAUUACAUGUGAUCCAGAUGUUAUGCGGGCCAGACACAUUUUCUGAUAUUAGGGAAAUCAGCUCGGCCAGAAUUGCUUGGGAUACCUUGGCAGAGAAGUACAAAACUAAACGUCCUGACCCAAGUAGCAGUUUGGACAGUAUUGCUCCAGUUCCUCCGAGAAAAGACGAGCUUCCUGAAUCAAGUACUAAGUCAGGAGAAAGUGACAACGGGGGAAACUUUGAUGAUGGCGUUGAGAUUUAUAUGGACUUAUACAAAGCUUUGCAAAUUGGUGAUUGGAAAGCUGCCAAGGAGUUCCUUGAUCGCCAUCCGCACGCAAUAAGUGCAAAAAUCACCGUUAGGGACCAGACCGUACUUCAUGUUGCUGCUGAAGCUGGACAAGUGCAUAUAGUGGAGGAGUUGGUAAAGCAAAUGUCUGAAGAAAAUUUGGAAAUAAAAGAUAUUUAUGGUUACACAGCUCUAGCUCGGGCAGCUUAUAAUGGAAACUACCGUAUAGCAGAAUGCAUGCUUGGAAAGAAUGAGAACUUGAUCAGAAUUCAAAAUGACUUAGGAACUAUUCCAGUUGUUCUGGCUCUUUUCAAUGGGCAUUUAAAAUUGAUUCGUUAUCUCUAUUUGCUCACUCCGCUAGAAAUUCUAAUGCCAGAAAAUGGCACCUCGGGGGCUACAGUUGUUUGCGAGGCAAUAUAUAACAAAGCUUUGGAUAUUGCUUUGGAUUUAGUCAAGCGUUGUCCACGUUUGGUUGUUGCUCAAGACAGAAACGGUGACUCCCCUUUUUAUGCACUGGCUUGUAUGCCUGAUUAUUUCCUAAGUGGAAAUCGGCUCGUAUUUUGGAAACGAUGGAUCUAUUCCGGUAUUCAUAUUCAAUCAGGUGGUCCCAUCAAUGAUAUUCGUUUGAACAUUCAAAAACCUACGAGAAACAGAAGCCGAAGCAAUGGCAAAGAAAUUAUUGGAUCAGGGAUAUAUUCAUUGAGCCAGCUAGUUUCAAAACUCCGAACUCUCUUGGGAAUCGAGCAUCUAUAUGAAAUGAAGUUGGCCCAUUUCCUAUCCCGUGAACUCCUCAGUCGCAUGAAGGACCAGAUAUUGAUUUCAAAUACUCAACAAAGAACGACUGGUAGGGUUUAUGUAGCCACCCUCCGUGCAAUGAAGGAAGGGAUUUUUGAGUUUGUUGUUGAUAUUGUGAAAGCGGAUCCAGAUCUUGUGUGGACCCAUGAUGAAAAAUCAACCAGCAUUUUUUCGGUUGCAGUCCAAUAUCGUCAUGCCAAAAUCUUUAGCCUUAUCUAUGGUCUUGAUAUGAAAAGCUCUUUGACAAGUUCUGCAGAUGACUUCUACGGCAAUAACUUAUUACAUAUGGCAGGGAUGUUAGCACCUUCUACUUCACUUAAUGACAUCGCAGGUGCAGCUUUGCAGAUGCAAAGAGAACUACAAUGGUUUAAGGAGGUGGAGAGCAUUGUCCCUCCCAGGGUUCAUGUAAAAUUAAACAAAGAGAGUUUGACUCCUCAAGAAUUGUUUACUAAAAACCACAAGGACAUGAGGAAAGAUGGAGAGCAAUGGAUGAAGGACACAGCAACGUCUUGUACUGUGUCUUGAUGUUUCUGGGAAUCCUCACAUCUCGUUAUGCAGAAGAAGAUUUCCUUGAGUCCUUGCCUAGAAAGAUGAUAAUAGGC